CAUACUGUGGCUAUAGGCGGGGAGCGUUCGCCCGAGAGCCCUGCGUUUAAACCGAGCGCGAGGAGGACAUGAGUGUUUAUUUGUUUGUUUGUUUCCACGCUGCCGUUAUUUAAAGAGCCGUGAACACAACCUCAGCUCAAACGAGAACCGCGCUCUUUCAGUUCUCCACACGUUUGAGGCGAAUUCAGACUGCACGUCCCGUCUCUCGCCACUUUUUUUGCCGUCUCACCUGCACUCCGUGCUCAGGAGAGGAGAGGUGCCCGGGAAUGGAUCAGGACAAGUACUUGCCAGAGCUGAUGGCCGAGAAGGAAAGCCUGGAUCCUUCUUUCGUUCACGCCAUGCGCCUUCUGGCUGAAGAAAUUGAAAAGUACGAAGGGGAUGAGCUGAGAAAAGACGGGGAGGUGAAGAAGUACCUGGAUAUCAUCAGCAACAAAAACAUCAAGCUGUCAGAGAGAGUGCUCAUUCCAGUGCAGCAGUAUCCAAAGUUUAAUUUUGUUGGGAAACUGCUGGGGCCCCGGGGCAAUUCCAUGAAAAGAUUACAAGAGGAAACGGGAGCAAAGAUGUCCAUCCUUGGCAAAGGCUCAAUGAGAGAUAAAGGCAAGGAAGAAGAGCUGAGGAAAAGUGGGGAGGCGAAAUACGCCCAUUUGAGCAAUGAUCUCCAUGUUUUAAUUGAAGUCUUUGCACCACCUGGAGAGGCCUAUUCCCGCAUGAGCCAUGCCUUGGAGGAGAUUAAGAAAUUCCUGGUUCCUGACUACAACGAUGAGAUCAGGCAAGAGCAGCUCCGCGAACUCUCCUAUCUGAACGGCUCUGAUGACCCAAGCAGAGGGAGGAGCGUGCGAGGACGCAGCAUACGGCUCACCUCCACAGCUUCUACACGGGGUCGCGGAGGAGCAGUGCCCCCUCCUCCCCCUGGCCGUGGAGCUGCAGCUCCUGGGGGAACUGUUGGUACACGCACCUCCCUACCCACCACCAUGCUAGCUAGAGGAGUUUCGACCCCCAGAGCCAGAGGAACAGCAGGGACCCCUGGAUAUAGAGCCCCUCUACUGCAGGCUACACAUGAAGCCUACGAUGACUAUGGCUAUGAUGAUGGAUAUGACGGGGAAUAUGAUGACCAGAGUUACGAAGCUUACGACGACAGCUACAACAGCCAGUCUAAAAGUGUUUCAGAAUAUUACGAAUAUGGACAUGGGACCAAUGAUGAUAACUACAACGAUUACGCAGAAGAGGAGUGGACUCAGCCUCGGCCAAGCCGCAAAGCUCCGACAGCAAGACUUACACGAGGGGGAUACAGAGAACACCCCUAUGGUAGAUAUUAAAGGUGCUCUAAAUCGGUGACCUCCCCUUACCGGCAACCUGACUUAAUAAUCUAACAAAAGUCCAAAUCUAACCUCCCCUAAUUAAGGAGCAAGAAAGUGCUUACAGCAUAUGGUCCCUUCUCUUGUUUUGAUAACAUGACUUAUUUAUAGAACACAUCUAAGAAACACAAUCUAGAUCUGGCAAGGAUCCUGCAUAAACGAAACACUUUCAUUGGAAUGCUACUUCUCUUAGAUGUUUUUUUUUUUUUUUGUUUGCUCCCCGGAAUCUAAAGCAUGGAGUUGCCUACGAAGUGAUGCUUUCUUGUUCUUGGCUACCAUUUCACCAAGUCAAAAAUUGCUACCCUUGAGUAAGAGACACCCAUAUUGUACAUAACAUCUUUCUUAAUAUUUCUUGAUUUGAUGACAGUAAAUAAUGAGUUUGUAUAUUUGAUUUUGAUAUCAGUAUUGGGAUUGAAAGCAAUCAGAUAUGUAUGUAGCUACCUACAAGUGCUCUGCUUUGUGUGUAGCCUGUAUUUGUACAUAAAUAUGUAAUAAAAAGAACAUAAAGCACCUUGUGUAAGCUUCUCUAAAUAGGUGACCAUAAUUGUUAAAUUUUUGUUGCCAUAAUUUGUUAAUAGAGCUGACAUCAUUUUUGUAAAAUUAGAUAAGUACAUACAUGUUUUUAGUAAUAAAUGCCUGUUUUAGUUGAGAACACUGCUAAUAUGUUUGUUUUUUAUAUACAUAUAUAUAUAUACAUACAUAUAUACAUAUAAGUAACAAAGAAAGUUAACAAAAGGAACUUUAGAGAGGUUGUCGAGUCGUUUUGUGUAACAAUAGAUGAGCUGCAUUAAUACAGUUUCAACUUUGUUAAAUAAUUUUAACACGCACUAAAUUGUUCAUUGAAUCUUGAUUCGUCAUUUAAAUGUUUAAGGUGUUAAUGGAAAUCAACUGUUUAGAUCAAUAAAUUGACUUUUUUAAACGUAUUCUUUAAGCUUGACCUUAUUAAACAAAAACUCUGACUUGUUUGCACUAGUGUGACUCCGUGCAUGAUAUGGAGAUUCAGGAGGUAAGAACAAACCCGUAUUACAAUAAGACUGUCUAAAUGCCUUCAGCCAUUGGUGUUAGCCAGUAUACACAAAGUAUGUGAAUAUGGCAGAUAUUCACAAUGUUUCAUCACUCAUUCGAGUGAAUGGGAUACAUUUAGAUUGCUCUGUUUCUGCUACCUUUAUUCUUCUUCCAUUGAACAUCAGGAUUUGUGUUGUAAUACCAAUGCUUUUAAAUAUCAGCUACUGAAAGUCACUACUUUUUAGAGACCUGAACUUUCUUCUGUGACUGUUAGAGCUGAAUGCCGACGCGUAUAAAGAGACUGAAAGGAUGACUAAACGUUAAGCAGGUGUCUCUGCAUGAGCUGAGCUAUGGAAGAAAAAAUAUGAAGUGACUGGUUGCAGCGAGUACAUGGAGCAGGCUGAUAAAGCCGCCCACCCAGAGCUGAGCAGCUUCCUCUCGUCUGCUAGAGGUGCCUAGCAGCUCCACUCAGUCACAGCCUGCUGCAGGCCUGCAGACGAGAGCAGAUGAUAGCCCUGGAGGCCAGCCCUAUCCUGACCAGCUCUCAUCAGUGCUUUCUGGGCAGGUCAGUGGAGACACAAUUACACACUAUUCAUCACUUCACACAAAAGAACGUCUGUAACUUGAUGCGUAAUCGGAAUUCUAAUGGAAUAACGUUACGUCAUGUUUACUACAGCUGUAAAUGUUUGACCUCACAAUGAUUCACUUCCUUUAGGAAAAGAUAGGCUGCUUUAUUAUGUCUGAAACGUCACCACAGUUCAGUUUGAAUACAUUUUUUGGUAUGCUUCAGAAUUGUUUAAUUACUCUAAUCUAAUUAAUCUAAUUACAUAGCAGUGGAUUAUUUCUUUUGGGAUUUUAGGGAGGAUAUUAGAUGUAAAAAUAGAAAAAGAAUGCUAUCAACAAAUGUGUAAUUUGUGGAAAUUGUGUUUAAUUAGUUUAAUUCCCAUCAACCAGAUUACAGUUUAAAACUCAGCUUUAAACCAAAAUAGAAGUUAAGAAAAUCCUAAAUGACUAAAUUGAGGUGGAUAAUCAACUGUUAUGUCUGUUAUCAAGCAACUGACAACAUAUGUGCAGCUGAAACACAAUCAAAACGAUGUUAUAAUGCAAUUUAGCCAGACAGUUUUCAUCGCUGCUGGAAAAAAAAACAGCAUAUAUACAGUAUUUGGGGAAUUCUAGUUAAGAUGCUUCUCUAAUGCUCUUUUCUUAUCUGGAGUUAGGAUUUGAUUAUGAACUUGGGAACUGCUGUUCUGUAAGAGCUAUUAUCGUAACUCCCUAAUGGAAGUUGUCAUGUUAACUAAACAGAUAGAUUUCAAAGUAAGGAUGUCUCUGUAAUACAUCAUUAUUAUAAUCAAUUAAAACUGAUUCUAGUACAAGUUAAACCACUGUUAUUGAUGCAUUUUACUAACCUAAUAGUGUGUCUCCCUAUGUGUGUCAUUGUGGCUUUGCAGUGUUCAUGUAUUGCCUGAUCAUGUAUUGCCUGACCCAUCUCUGCAGGAAGGUACUCUGAUGAUCCACACUACUGCUUUUAUUUAAUUUAAUUCAUUUAAUUAGCCACAUCUGAGCAUUAGUAACAUUUCACUAGACAAACAGUGAAGCUCAAACCAUUAAAGAACAAUAGAGAGGCAUUUUCCUUCUCACAUAAAUGUGUGAAGUUGUGCUAGAUUGGAAGGAACACAUCUGACACACUAUUAAACUUUAACAACUGUAAAUGAAGAAUCAGAAAUGACUGCUGAAAUCAUUUUAAGCCUUUGUCUCUAAUUGAAAUUGCUGUAAUAGUGUGACAGCUGUGCCUGGUUUUAGUGUUCUGUCCUUGGUUGAGAAAAAAAGAGUUCAAUAUUUCAGAACACCACAGUGUUUGCUGAACCACAAGGAUGCAAAAUUAAACAUUUAUAAGAACAAUAUGUUUGCAUCAGAUUGCCCACACAGCUCAAUCAAUAGGAUAACGCACACUGAAUUAUUCAGAGUUGUUUUAUUUAUUUACAGUAUUAUUAACUUUUGGGGACCACAGAGUGAAACAGGCACUGGGUAGUUUUCUGUUUGGUUUUAUUUAUUGAGGAUUUUGUGAUCUUAAGUUAAAAACUGCUCAUGUGUGGCCUAGUCUUCCCUCUCAUAACCACACAACUUGUAUAUUAGGAUUUACUUGAUUUAAAUAUGUACAUAAUUUCCACAUGAAUAAAACAUCAUUGUUGUCCAAUAAAAAAACAAAUAUCUCUGUUUUUCAUUAUUUGAGCAAAAAUCUCCACACAUGAAGAACAUUUGGUAACACUUUAUUUGAAGGCUAUCUACAUAAGGGCUUCAU